GCUCGUCGAGCGUCGUUACGUGCGACACGGUUUUAUUCAUUUCCUCGUGCAGUAUUUCUUAUCAGCCCUUGCGUCGAUAUGGCCUGGCUGUCCGGUCUCGCUGAUAAGGCAGAGAACCUCCUAAAUAAAAUUGACAAGAAUACCGCGGCCGUCUUAAAUAAGGAUAAAUACGAGAUGCCACAGGGGCAUCUGUCAGAAGUUACGUGGCUCACCUCACCGGAAUCUGGGCUAAAUGGAAGUAUGUCCAAGACACCUCUGUUGGGAUCAUCGGAUCAUAUUCCCUAUGCAGUUCCUACUUCAAGUUUGACAUCAGUAAAUCUGUUAAAUGUAACGGCACCUAAAGAGGAUGCACUAUUUACAUAUUUGAAUACACCUGACCCAAGUCCGAAAAGAAUGGUGGAAUCUUUUAAAUCACCAUCGACUACUUCGUCGUUAUUGGUCGAACAUCCUACCGAUGAUACAGACUCGGAUCUGUCAAUUCAGAGCGAUCGGAUUAGCCCAACUCCGUCUCACGUUUCUAUAGAAAUGAUGCCCAAUACUUUGGAUGACAAAGAAGCUGAAAUAAAUAUGGAAAAUUUAAAUUUAUAUUCUUACAAUAGUGAGGUACAGACUUUAGAGGAUGAAAAUUUGGUUAAGCCUACAACAGAAGCUGCACAAAAUGAACAUAGUGAUAUGGAAGCACAUUCAAAUGUAUUCUAUCCCCAGUCUGGAUAUAAAAUAAAAUCAAAUAAUUUAAAAACAGAUAAUUUAGAUUCAAUUGAUCCAUUAAAUAAACGGAAAUAUGUAAGAGAAAUGGAUAGGCACUUGGAGAAACAAAAUGAAUUUCUUGGUAAACAGACGGACUAUCAAAAAGAGAUUGUAGUUCUAAAUGAAAAGUUGAAAGCUCUAGAAAUGGAAAAGUUAGAACAAUCAAAGCAGAUAGUAGAUUUGCAGUCUGUCAUAGACAGGAAUAGACAGGAGUUAAACUCGAUUAGAUCUGAAUUGGAAUUACAUAAAGCUAGGGCACUGAAAACCUUACAGGAAAAGGAAAAACUUAUAGCAGAAUUAAAAAGUAAUGCACCAACUGCUAUGGAUGAAGCUACCAUCAUGGAGUUAAAUCAAUUAAAACAAGAACGUGAUAGUGUUAGAGAGGAAAAUCAACAAAUGUGUCAGCAGCUGAAAAUACUGCGGGAAGAGUUGGCAAAUGCAGAUCUGAAUUUGGAAAAGAUAAAACAAAAGUCAGCCGAAACAAAUCUACAAAAUCAAGAGAUCCUUGCCAGUGAAAGACGUCGAAGAUUAGAAGCGGAAGAUGACAUGAAAUUACAUUCUGAGGAAAUAAGAUCUUUGAAAGACGAUUUAAUUAGUCAACGUAAUGGAUUUAGUUUACAGUUGCAAAAGCAAAAUUCAGAGAUUUCUAGACUUAAAUUGCAGUUAUCUGCAUCGGCAACCCCGAGUAAUGAAAUGGAUUCAAGAAUAGCGUCUCUUACACAAACUUUGGUUCUAAAACAACAAGCGUUGGAAUGUUUGACAACGGAGAGAAAUGCAUUACGUCUGCAGCUUGAAAAAAUAGAACAUGAAUAUAGAAAUGCUGCGGGAAAUAUGCGAAGAAACAUAUCCUAUAACAAUAUAAAUGAUACGGAUGAUGCAAAAGCUCAAGUUCCUACAUUUUUAAUGGAAACACCGUUCGAUACUAGCGUUGCCAGAAGAAUGAAGAGAGCUUAUUCUUCAUUGGAUGCGAUAAGCAUUCGGACGGGAGUAUUUUUAAGGAGAUAUCCAUUAGCCAGAAUUUUAGUGUUGAUUUAUAUGGGAGUACUCCAAUUUUGGGUUUUGGUAGUUCUCUUCUUUCAAUCACCAGAAGCUCAUUAAUAAAAAUUAGAAUAGCAUUAAGUAUUUAAAAAGAAAUAAGUUUAUAGGAAAUACAUUUUUUUUGUAAAUAUUAGAAAGCAAUAUAUGAGACAGAUUAGAACUUGUACA